AUGAAUAGACAUUUGAUUAUAGGUAUAUGUGGUGUAAUAACUUUUAUUAUUCCUUUAAUUCAACUUUCAAUUGGAUUUAAUCAAGUUGUUGACGAUGGACACGAUGCUAAUAAAAUAUGUAGAGCGGCAUCUGAUCUACCUUUACUUUUGGCAAUUGGUGGUAUAUUUGCACUCUUUUUCUUAGGCACAGCAUAUGGUUUUCUUGCAAUGAUUGCUUCAAUAGAUGACAAACAAAGUGAUAUUUCUGGUAAAACUCCAAAAAUUCUUCUUGGUCUUGUUAGUUUUUCUUUUGGUGCAAUUACAUUUAUUUUUUUUAUUCUUAUUCAAAUGCGUGUUUAUGGAGCUUAUUCAAAUGGUGUACAAUUUAAUAAUCAAACAGCAACAAAUUAUUGUCGAUCAACAGUUAUGGGUGGUGGUCUAGCAAUGAUUAUUUUAACGUAUAUAAAUGUUCUUAUUUUUACCAGUAUAGUUAUAUUUGUUAUUGUUAUUGCAUACACCAAACGAAAAGAAAAAAAACAAGAAAAUAUCGAAAUGAAUGCAGAUAAUAAUUGA